UAGUAAUAAUAAUAUAAUAUCUUCAUCUGGUUCCUCUAUCGUGCAUUUACAAACAGAAAAAAUUAUUCGUAUGGUAACACAGAUUGUCACGUUUUCGUUUAUAUUUUGCAUAAACACAAACAAAUCCUGUUAUUUGCAAACAGUCGGGAAAAGUCUAACAAAGUUAAAAAUAUUGCAUUGUUAAUAAUAAUGAGUCAUUCACCGACUAAAACUAGUCCCGAAUCCGUGAAUAUAAAUUCUAAUGACAACAAAGUCUCCACUAAAAAAACAGAUUUUAAAUGUACCAUAUGUUCUCAAAAAUUCAGUAAUAUUCAAGAAUGUUUGAAACAUGAGCUUUUACAGCAUGAUAUUAAACGAGCAAAGAGACCUCAAAAGACAAUACGCACAAAAGUAAACGCUAUCCUAUCACAUAUAAAGACGGACGAACAACAAGCAUUUCAAAAGGAAUUACUGAAUGCUCUUCAUAAAAGUGAACCAGGUCAAGAGCUUUGCAGUAUUUUUAAACAUCACAGAAUGAAUAACGAAAACUUAGGUUUGGUUUACGAACGCAUCGAAGCUUGUCUGUAUAAAGAACUACAGCAGUUAAGAGGUCUACGGCUACAUCCUUUCGGGUCAAUUGCGAGUGGCUUAGCUUUACGAGAUAGUGACAUUGAUUUAUAUAUUGAGCAUGUCGACACAAACUUGUCAACAGGAAAUUACACUCAUCGGACAUUUAAUCGUAUCAACAACAUUUUACAACGUAGUAAAUGUUUCAGUGAAGUUAUACCGAUACGGCAAGCCCGGGUCCCCAUCAUUAAAUGCAAGCACAAUCCCACUGGGUUCAGUUUGGAUAUCAAUUUAUCUUGUCCCAGCAGUGUGAAUAAUACAAAAUUCGUCCGAGAUCUUCUGCAGUUUGAUAACAGGAUUCGUGAAUUGAUAACGUUCCUAAAAAUUUGGGCUAAACAGCUACAAUUAAUUGGUCGAGGGAAUAUGACCAGCUAUUGCCUAAUUACACUGGUAUUAUUUUAUUUACAACAACCCCAAUCAAAUCAACCGGCUGUGCUGCCAUCGAUAAAAGAACUGCAAGAUAAUGUUCCUGAUAAUUUGAUAGUGGGUGUUAAUUAUGCAUAUCAACUGCAAGAAAAAAUAUCCCCGUUACCACGAGAACUGACAACUUCCAAGCUAAUUGAGGGGUUUUUCAAGUUUUAUCGCUGCUUUGAGUUCGAGAGUUUUCUAAUAUCUCCAUAUUUGGGAGAAGCGGUUCCGCUUGAUGAGUUUAAAAAAGGUGAAAUCAGUUUUCCAGCUUAUAAUAAUCAGUUGCGUGCUGUAGCCAUUGUGAAUAACGAGCCCGAGCAACCACUUCAGGUCGAUCGUUGUGUUUGUGUACAAGAUGCAUUUGCGCUUAGCCAUAAUGUUGGCAAAUCGAUAUCUCAACUCAAUUUGGAAUACUUUCGAAACUGUCUAAACCUUGCUUGUGAUGUAUAUGAUGAUGUAAACAUUUCCACAGAGGCUCAACGAUAUGAGACACUUCUUUACGGUAUUAUUGAACGGAUGGCCCAAGCUGUGAAUAUAAAUUUCGCUUUCACAAGCCAAAAAGCAGACAAAAAUUCGACGCAAGAUAUUUCCAAUAAUAGUACCAGCAACGUACGCACUAACAAUGUUCCCUACAAAAUGAAUUAUAGUCUCACUCCCUCGCGUUCGGAACUACGAGCAAUUGCAGCGCAUAUUAAAGAUAAUAAUUCUAAGAGCAUAUACAAAUUGUGGGCUGAGUAUUACUUAGAAGCCAUCUCCGAAAUCAUUACAGACAUCUUCUGUUUGGAUAUGCAGUCUGCCACACCCACGCAGAGUGACAAGCAACAGCGGUUGGAAGAAUGUAGCGGCACACACACAUGGAUAUUGAGCGGCUCAGUUGACCAAUGGUCUGGUCGUCUACAUCAGCGAUACCACAAUAAAACCUUUAUGGAACUUCAGCUGGAGCAAACCAAAAAAUUUAUUUCGGAACGACGACAAAAUGCUGCAUACGCUGUACAUAUAAACGCCAUAUUAACUCUAAACAUAUUAAACAAUUCCACUGCCAUUGAGUUGAUAGUUACACCGCGUAACACAAAAAGCGUGGAUCUAAUAAAGAAUGAUCCUUUAAGGAAGUUCUUCGCCAGUUUUAAAGCGACCAUGCAAAAUUUCAAUCUGAAGGAAAAACUCAAAACGAACGCAUGAAUUAAAUUUUAGUAAAUGAUUUGGAUGAUUUAUUUGUUUUGACGCCAAUGAAAUAUAAUAUUUAAGUAUUUAUUUGUGAAACUGACAUUAGCAUUGUACAUGGAAUAUGUAUAUUUUGGUUAAAUAAAGUUGUAUUUUAUAUUUAGUCGGACAUAAGCAAAAAUGAAAGUAAAUUUUAUAU